AUAGUUUGUUAGUGGUAUGUGUGAUAUCGUUAAUUGUUCUAAUGAUAGAAAGUAACAAUUACGUAUUUUUGGAAAUAGUAAUUACAGAUAUUAAAAAGGAUGGAUUUUGUAAUAGGUGGUGUGGCAGCUGUGGGAGCUGGCCUGUUCACUAAUCCUUUAGAAGUUGCAAAAACACGGAUGCAACUACAAGGAGAGUUAUUAGCUCGUGGAAAAUAUGCAAUACAUUAUAAAAAUGCUCCUCAUGCUUUAUACAUAAUAGCAAAAAACGAAGGGAUAUUAGCUGUACAAAAGGGUUUAGUCCCUGGCUUAUGGGUACAGUUGUUUCUUAAUGGUUUCAGAUUAGGAACAUUUCAAUUUGCACAUUCACACGGACUUAUAAGUGACAAAGAUGGGAAACAAGUGUUAUGGAAAACAAUGAGUGUAGCUUGUGUUGGUGCUGUAUUGGGCGCAGCUAGUUCUAGUCCAUUUUUUUUAGUAAAAACUCGCUUUCAAUCGCAAUCUACAAGUGAAGUAGCGGUUGGUUUUCAACAUAAGCAUACAGGAAUGAUAAGUGCAUUCCAACACAUUUACAAAGAAUAUGGAGUCAAAGGUUUAUUUCGAGGGCUCGACGCUAGUAUAUCCCGUUUAGCUGCUGCAGGCACUGCACAGUUAACUACCUUUACAGUAGUGAAAGAUUGGAUGGUUUCCGAGCAAAUCUUUACCAAACAUCCAAUAGCUCAAUCUUUUUGUGCUUCAAUGGUUGGCGGAGUGGCUGUAUCUGUUGUGAUGACACCGUUUGAUGUUAUAUCUACAAGAUUAUAUAACCAAGGUGUUGAUUCAUCGGGAAGAGGAUUGUCAUAUGACGGUUAUUUUGAUUGUGUUAUGAAAACAUGGCGCAAAGAACAUUUAUACGGUUUUUUUAAAGGAAUAGGAGCAAAUUACUUAAGAUUAGGACCACAUACUGUAUUAUGUCUAGUAUUCUGGGAUGAAUUAAAUAAAUUUUAUAUUACAUUCAAUGAAAUAAAAAAGUCAAAGCAAGUAAUUAGUUGAUAUUAAUUUCUCAUGCUUUAAGAGUUAGUACCCGGCUGAUUGACGAUAUUUUUACUAAAUCCAUGCUUUCGUCAAUUACUCUCUUAUAACUAUGUUUUAUAUGAAAUGGGUUCUUUUUCUAGUUGGUGAUACCUGUCGAAUUACGCUGAAAGGCCUAAAUCUUCGACCGAGCUCAAUGUUUUAAUAAUAUAGAUAACUUUUUAUUUCCUACUAUUGUAAAUGAACAAUAACAGUAGCAAGCAGAGUGGCUCUAUUUUAGAUAUUUAAUACGAUUUCUAUUAAAUUUUUGCUGUUGUAACAUUGUAAUGUAACAAAUUCCGAUAGAUGCCACCAGUUAGAAAAAUGAAACCUGAUUUCAUGCACAGAGGUCUUUAAAACAGGGUAGUUCACGAAAGUAUAAAAUUUGUUAAAAUAUCGUAAAUCUGUCGACCAUUGGCUCUUAGACCAACAGGCUCAUUGUAAUUUUGUAUCAUAAAAGUUUAUCAUGAGUAUUGUUAUACGUAAAUAAAAAACAUUGUGCAGAACUUAAUUAAAAUAUUAAGUA